UUUUUUCUUUCAAUACUUAAUCAGUUCCAAACAAGGGUAAUGGACUGGAUCUAGAGCAAUACUCUUGGACUCAGACUCUUCAAGAAGUCAACGUGAAUGUUCCAGUGCCUAAUGGAACCAAAUCAAGGUUUGUCGUCUGUGAGAUAAAGAAGAACCAUCUAAAAGUUGGACUCAAAGGCCAACCUCCAAUUAUUGAGGGGGAGUUGUAUCGGUCUGUCAAGCCUGAUGAUUGUUAUUGGAGUAUAGAGGAUCAAUGUGCACUUUCUAUUCUUUUGACCAAACAUGAUCAAAUGGAAUGGUGGAAAUGUCUAGUGAAAGGUGAUCCUGAAAUUGAUACCCAAAAGGUUGAACCUGAGAACAGCAAACUUUCUGAUCUAGAUCCAGAGACUCGUCAGACUGUUGAAAAAAUGAUGUUUGACCAGAGGCAGAAGUCUAUGGGUCUUCCAACCAGUGAAGAGCUCCAGAAGCAGGAACUCAUGAAGAAAUUUAUGGCGGAGCAUCCGGAGAUGGACUUCUCAAGGGCUAAGAUAUCAUAAAUGGUACAUUACUCUUGAUAUGUAUUUUUGGGUCUUGCUUCAUUGCGUACAAGCUGGUCCUGCUUUCUUAUAUUAUAGUGUUUGUACCGUUGCAUAGUAUCUCGUAACCUAUUUUUGGGCUGUCAACACAAUGAACUUGAUCAUGAUAGUUUGUUCUUUGGACGGAGAAUUUGUUGCUAGAUAUUUUCUUUAACGGCUUGGAGAGGAUCAAGUAUCUGUUCAAUUUAGGGUUUGGCGUUAGAAUUGUUGUUACUUACUAUUAUAGAUAUUAUCAAUGUGUGGUUACAUAAUUUGAAUCGCUUGUUCACAUUGAAACAUUGUCUUU